UGUCGAUUGAAUAAUGGCGGCGGCCGCGCCGCGUCUGGCUGAGGAGCGCGUUGGGCAAGUGGUGCUGCCGGGAGACGUGUUGCUUCUCCCCUCCCAGCCGGAGGAGGACGGCGAGCGGCUGCGUCUCGCUCCCAGCGGGCCUCAGAAAGGGCGACUGGUUUGCGGGCCGGGGCUGCGGCGCGGUGGGGAAGGUCUGCUGGUCACCAAGUGCGGGCUGCUUCGGUAUCGGGGCCCUGCCGGACAAGCAGGGGGAGGGACCGGAAGUGGCUCGGGCGGAACGUAUUGGGUUGACUCUCAGCAGAAGCGGUAUGUCCCAGUCAAAGGAGAUCAUGUGAUAGGCAUAGUGACUGUCAAAGCUGGGGACAUAUUUAAACUGGAUGUUGGCGGAAGUGAGCAAGCUUCUCUGUCCUACUUAGCCUUUGAAGGGGCAACCAAAAGAAACAGGCCAAAUGUACAGGUGGGAGACCUUAUUUAUGGCCAGUUCAUCGUUGCCAAUAAAGACAUGGAGCCUGAGAUGGUCUGUAUAGACAGCAGCGGCAGAGCAAAUGGAAUGGGAAUCAUUGGACAAGAUGGCUUCUUGUUUAAGGUCUCCUUAGGCUUAAUAAGAAAACUUCUGGCUCCUGCCUGUGAAAUUAUCCAGGAUUUGGGACAACUUUACCCAUUUGAGUUGGUGUUAGGAAUGAAUGGAAGGAUAUGGGUGAAAGCCAAAACAAUUCAACAGACUUUAAUUGUGGCAAAUAUCUUAGAAGCCUGUGAACACAUGACGGCAGAACAGAGGAAGCACGCUGUUGCCAGACUAUCGGAGAGCUGACGAAAAGGGGAGGGGGGGGGAAACAUUUUUUUAACGGUGUAAAUUUUAGGCAGAAAUGAUUCAUUUAUUUUUUAUAUUUAAAGUAGUAACUGCUAAUGUUCACCUUGACAUUUAUUUUGCAUCUUUGUCUCUGGGACUUGUCCUGUGACUUACUGUGUAUCCUGAUGUUCCAAGCAAUAAACUUCAAGAU